AUGAGUACUGCGAGUGAUGAUGGAGAGCAGCUGUACAGUGCUUGUCAAAUGAAAAAUCCAAGCACGGCGCUGCAGCUGUUGAACAGCUGGGACGAACAACGAAUUCGAUCCGCUGUUACUUUUGAAGAUGCGGAUGGACGUACACCACUGCACUAUGCCUGCCUUUGCGGUCAUAUCAUGGUGGUGGAGACGCUGUUGAAGCAUGGCGUUGACGCUCGAGUCAAGAACAAGGAUCGCUUGACGCCACUGCACAUGGCCAGCCGUUUUGGGCGUAUCGAGGUGGUAAAUUUGCUGUUGGAGCGCGGCGUUGAUGCGAGAGCCAAAGACAAGGAUGACUGCACAGCACUGCACCAUGCCUGUGACCUUGGUCAUGUGCAGCUCGUGGAGAUGCUAUUGAAGCACGGCGCUGAUGCUCAAGCUAAAACCAAAACCAAGUCCACGGCAGCGGUCGUGGUUGCGGUGGACAAGUGGCUCAAGCCGCUCCUACCCGAGCGUGCCCCCACCCAUCCCCUCCCACAUCUGGAUGCCUUUAUUAGAGGCGCCAGAAAGCACGAUCCCAAUCUUAGAACGGCGGUUGUUCACAUCCAGAAGAUCAUCAAUGAAGCUCCCAUGGACCUUCCUGCAAUGGACUGGCCAGCCUUUCAGGCCAUGACCACCCAAGCCUCCAACGCGCUCAGUCAAGCAUUGCAGGUGACCGAAGCACUAAGCGACCGUCUCAGGCAACUGAACCCACAGUCCGACAAGCUAGAAUCGGUACUUCAAGAGAUGCAUGGUCUCACAGCUCAGCUUCAGCUGCUGUCGGUGAAGAACAAGUUUCAACAGCACUUUGACGAGUUUCAAAAUCACUUUGGUGUCUUCAGCAAGACGACGAAACCACCCCGCACCAAACCCGCGAAGAGCGGUUCUCCACCUUCCAAACGGCACAAAGCUAGCUCCAGCCCUGACGAUGCCGACAUGAUGCAGAAUCCUGGACCGACUCAAGAGGCAAUGCCAUCCAACCUGGUGCAAGGUCUUGAAAAGCUUGGCAAGCUGCACAAUGUUGGGGAAAAGCGCCAAGAGAUGCUCAAAUGCACCAACAGCAACCUCCAACGUGUGGAAUCCGCGUUCAUAGAUGCGCUGGGCGCCGUAGCACAAGCAGGAUCCAGCAAAAUGGUCCGCUGCGUGGACAUGCUGCUGCAAAGAGUGCAAUGUUCAGAUGCAAACGUACCACCUCCAGCCAAAGCGUUGUCCAAGGCAUGGAAGCAGCUGCACCAGGCCCACCAAAACCUGAGCUCACCCAAGCAGAAUGGUCUGAAACAGCUCACAGACUGGAAGGCAGAGCACGACUAUGAGCAUCAAGCCUGGUAUAUCGCGUUUGUGUUUCAAGAAGCGCGAGCCCUGAUGCAGCAGCUGCAAGACAUGGUUGAAUGGCAGGCCACGACACUGUCGGUGCUAGAUCUAUGCCAAAAACAUGCUGGUGGUAUCAAACAAAGCUGCGCAAGUCAAGUUGUAUCUCUACAUCAAGAAGAGGCUCAGCUGAAAAGGCAAAUUCAUGCUACCACUGGGUACUUGCUUUUCGCAAAAGAGGAGCGGCGAGCUGGCGUCGAGGAAGAUUUGCAGGAACUAAAGGAGCGCCUCAAAACUCUGGGCCAGCAGCUAUCGGACUCAACGCAGGUGGACGAGGUGGCAGCACUGGCAAAGCUGCUGCACCAACACUUCCCAGCCCUGCUGGUCUUUCUGCAUCCUGAGCAAAGUGCGUUGGGAGCGCGUCUCCGCACUAAGCUUGGCCCCGAUCUUCCGGCCCGGCUCAUCUUGGAGGCCAUGACUGGAGUGGACCAAUUGUUAACGCUCUCCAGCCUGGGUCGGCUUGACCUUUAUUACAACCGGAACCAUAAGGUGUACAAGGCCCGAGCAGCACUGCCAAGUCAUCCCAAUCAAGAUUUGGCCGUAAAAGAGUACGCAUUCGCUCGACAACACAAGCAAGAGAGGUGUCGCGGGUUUCUACGGGAGCUCCGCGCCAUGCGGCAGCUUGAGCACCCACACAUCAUUCCAGUCCUCGGCGCGCUUGUGGAUGUUCACGAUGGCCACCCGAGCGCCUACCUGGUCCAGCCGUGGUGUACACAAGGGGAUCUGCAGCAGUGGCUCGGCAAGGCGCGCCACCUGGCCACCUUAAGCGUGAUUGCCGGUUUGAUGACUCAGCUGCGCAUGGCUCUGGCUUUCAUGCAUAGCAAGGGCCUGGUGCACCGCGAUGUCAAACUGAGCAACGUCAUGUUGGACGGCGAUGAGGACCAGCCCGUUGUGCGGCUGGGUGAUUUUGACAUUGCCAAAGCCACAGCCGAGGCCACCAUGCUGCCAUGCACGGCCACUGCGUCGUCAGGCACGCCCGGCUACAUCGCACCCGAGGUCCUCUUUGGCCAGGGUCAUGUGGGCGCACGUCCGGCACAGGAUGUCUUUUCCUUUGGCUGCGUUUUGUACAACACCUACAUGUUCCCACUAACAGUACCACCGGCUCAGUCGCGAAGCGAUGAAGUCGUGAACCGAUGCAGUUGGAGCAUGCAAGCCAACGAUCCUUCUUGCAGCUUUCCUCACCUAGCGGCUCAGCUGUGCGACUCGACAAGCGAUUUGUACAAGGAAACGCGGGCGUUGCUGACAGCAGAUCCGAAGCAACGGCCAAGCCUAUUGAGUGCCAUGCAGGUUGCACAGCAACAUGUUGCACCCCAUGUCACAUCAGCCAUUGACGUUUUGCGGGACGCACCCGAGCUCAUAUCAGAGGUGACCGAGUUGUUGAAAGAGCUGAGCAAGGAUGGACAAGGGCCACCUAAUAUUGUAGUGCAGAGGGUGGAGCGCGUGCACAACCCAGUGUUGUGGGAGCGAUACCAUGCUAAGCGACGGGAGAUGUUGCACCGCAUCAAAACUCGGGAGCACUACACUCAACUUAAAACGGCCACAUUGGAUGCGCUUUCGGGCUCUCCAGCUUUGCUUCGCGACUCAUCCUGUCAAGAGCGCUUGCUGUUCCACGGUAUCUCCUCCGUGAGAUCGGUGCGCGACAAGAUUGUGCGCCUGGGCCUUGAUUAUCGCUUUGCGGGUGACAAAGGCGCCCAUCGGUUUGGUCUCGGUGUUUAUUUGGCAGACCAUCCUGGCAAGAGUCAUGUCUAUGCAAAACCUGCACCCAAUGGUCAGCGCAUGCUCGUCAUCACGCGAGCCCUGCUGGGGCAUGCCUUUGUCUAUCAUUCACCUUCCCCUGCGGCGCUGGCUCCACCACUGCUGCCCAACGCACCCAACAAUGAGCGACAUGAUUCUGUCAUUGCGACACCGCAAGGGAAGUUUCGCGAGGUGGUAUUGUUCGACAAUGCCCAGAUCUACCCCGAGCUAGUCGUUUACUACACUGCCUAGAUGUUUUCGUUUUGAUUCUUCGUCGUGCAGUCCAAUCUGUGGCUCCGAGCACUUGCACUGGUUUUGCACACAUCCGGCGUUGUUCACCACAAGGCCCCCAUUGCCCGUGGGAGGUUCAACUUUUCUCGCUGACGAGUACACAUUCACUCACAAACUUGCAAUGUGGGAAGGCACACAAGUUGUUUCGUGUCCUUUGCAAUACCUUGGCAGAAUGCCAUGCCAAAUGUGCCUUUGGAUACCGACGUCUCUUCUCGUUGCGGCACCUGCACUUUGACACAAGUCCAGUUAGCAUCGAUCUUUUAGGAUGUG